CACGCGUUUUCCCCUCUCAUUCGACACGAAUCGGAGGUCGCCAACAUUUUACGUUGGGUGGCAGCACCGUCGCCCUUUCGUGAACGUGAAUGAUCAGGCGUAUUUUUGUUGAUCAUCAAAUUGAACGAAUAACUUUUCGCAAAAAUGGGUCAAAACCAGUCGGGCGGGUCUGGUGGAGGUGACAAAAAGGACGAUAAAGACAAGAAGAAGAAAUAUGAACCCCCUAUUCCAACCAGAGUGGGCAAGAAGAAGAGGAAGACAAAGGGUCCUGAUGCAGCUCUCAAAUUGCCCCAAGUUACACCGCACUCCAGAUGCAGACUGAAACUUCUGAAAAGUGAACGGAUCAAAGAUUACUUGCUGAUGGAAGAGGAGUUCAUCAGAAAUCAGGAGAGACUGAAGCCACAGGAGGAGAAGAAUGAGGAGGAGCGUUCAAAGGUGGAUGAAUUGCGAGGAACACCAAUGUCAGUUGGAACCUUGGAGGAAAUUAUAGACGACAACCACGCCAUUGUUUCCACAUCUGUAGGCAGCGAGCAUUAUGUCAGCAUUCUGUCCUUUGUUGACAAAGAUCAACUAGAACCAGGCUGUUCUGUACUCCUAAAUCACAAGGUGCACGCUGUGGUUGGAGUGCUCUCAGAUGACACAGAUCCAAUGGUGACAGUGAUGAAAUUGGAGAAAGCUCCUCAAGAGACCUAUGCUGACAUUGGAGGUCUCGACACACAGAUUCAGGAGAUCAAAGAGUCUGUUGAGCUACCCCUCACCCACCCUGAAUACUACGAGGAAAUGGGCAUCCGACCUCCAAAGGGUGUCAUCCUAUAUGGAGCUCCAGGCACAGGAAAGACUCUUCUGGCUAAGGCUGUGGCCAAUCAAACGUCUGCCACUUUCCUGCGAGUGGUCGGCUCAGAACUUAUCCAAAAAUACCUGGGUGAUGGUCCCAAGCUUGUGAGGGAGUUGUUUAGAGUGGCUGAAGAACACGCUCCUUCCAUCGUCUUCAUUGACGAAAUUGAUGCUGUCGGCACCAAAAGAUACGACUCAAAUUCUGGUGGUGAAAGAGAAAUCCAGCGAACUAUGUUGGAGCUGCUGAACCAGUUGGAUGGAUUUGACUCUAGGGGAGAUGUCAAGGUCAUUAUGGCAACAAAUCGAAUUGAAACCUUGGACCCUGCUCUCAUUCGUCCUGGCCGUAUUGACAGGAAAAUUGAGUUUCCUCUGCCAGAUGAAAAAACUAAAAGGCGCAUCUUCACCAUCCACACGUCGAGGAUGACGUUGGCUGAGGACGUGAACCUCCAAGAACUCAUCAUGUCCAAGGAUGAUCUCUCCGGGGCUGACAUCAAAGCCAUUUGCACUGAGGCUGGUUUGCUUGCCCUUCGAGAGCGGCGCAUGAAGGUGACAAAUGAAGAUUUCCGCAAAUCGAAGGAGAGCGUCCUGUACCGCAAGAAGGAAGGCACUCCUGAAGGCCUUUACCUUUAGUUGUUUCUGGAUUCUCUGCAAUAUUAUUUAAUUAUUCCUCAAAUUAAAGAUAAUUCAGUCAUAAGUUUUGUGCUGAGCUGUCAACCACUGGUUUUUACCAGAGAUAAGAUGUUUCCUUCUGUAACAAUUUUGAGGUUGAUGGUUAAAUAAAAGAUUUGUAACUCAAAAGUA